CUGGCGGUAGUCUCACAAUUUCUUGGACAUCUUCUUGAGACGUUCUCGGUUUCCUCAAGUUCUAGGCCUAGAUCUGGCUGUGUGUGACUGUGACGGAUCGCGAGGUGCUGUUUGUGUUGCAAGGGACAGUGUGUGCGACAUUUGUUGUGUAUCUUUUCGGUGCUUUGGCUGUUGCCGCUUCAGAUUUUGGGACAGUCAUUCGAUCGCGUUCAGGCAAUUCUUCGUUGUUCUGUGAAAAUUGUACAAAUUCCCGAAUCGCCAGGUAAUGAUUCUGUCAAUAAAAUCAUAAAAGUGCGCAAUAAAUGCGGCGGAGGAGUGAUAACGCGCGGCUCGAUAGUGACGGUUGUGACCGAUAGCGGGUCUGUGCGGCGGUGGCGACGGACGAUACGGCAACGACACGUUAGUAACGACCAAGACGUCGAGGAGGUGAUAAAAGAUACCGGCGAGGACGACGACGGCGGCCGCGUGCGCGAUAAUGUGUAAAAAUAAGAAUAAGACCGUUUCCAUUCUGUGCUCUAGUGUAUUGAAUGCCAGUAUAUAAAUAUUAAGGAGAAUAAAUAAAAAAAAGUUGGCAGAUGAUCCCCUGGAAAAGGCGCGGAGUGAGGAGAAAGUGUGAAGCGAAAAAGCAGUGAAAGAAGAAAGGAAGCGGGUAAAGACGUGCAAUCGGGGCGCGAGUGCGACAAAGAAAACGCGAUUUUGUUUACUAUUUUUAGUGCAAUAAAACACAGAAACGUUGGAAAAUUCGGCGCGGAGUGAGGACUUUUCAUCAAUUUCAUUCAUUUAUUUUUUAUCUCAUUGGAUCGCGAUCUUUUUUGAUCAGUUUUAUGUUGCGUUCAUUUCGGAGAUUUUGAAUAUUAAUCAUCACUACUAUCAAGGACGGCCGAAACGGAUCAUUUUAUUAGGGUGGUGUCCACAAUAUGGAACUUGAGAGCUAUGAGGCUGAAUUAGCGGAUUAUACGCUUCAAGAAACCACGUUUUAUGAGGCUUCAACACACGCCGUCAUUCAUGAUAGAUCCAUGUCGGCUGUUAAUAUAAAUACAGGAAAAGAAAACAAUAUGAGAUUAAAGAAAAACCGCAAAUGUGUUACUUUUAUUCCAAAUUAUAUUCAGGGUACAUCGAGUUUCAUAAAAGAGGAGCCUGAAGAUGGACCGCGUAACAUACAGAAAGUUCCAAGCUUAUCGGAUUUAUCCGAUCCUGAAGCAUCUCUCGAUGUACCAACACAGAUGCCACCGUUAACACCUGGAACAAAUAAAAAACUUGCAGAAGUCCUGAAGGCAUCGUUUGCAUCAUGGGAAAAAGAAGUUCAGAAUUGCAAUAUAACCAAAGAUCCACGCCAAUGGACAGCAGAACAUGUUAGCUAUUGGUUAAAAUGGGCCAUUAAAGAAUUCUCGCUAGAGUCGACAAAUAUUGAACCAUUCUUAAGAAUGCGCGGCCGUGAUAUGGUGGCACUGGGCCGUGAAAAGUUUCUGGCGAUCGCGCCACCGUUUACUGGUGAUAUCCUCUGGGAGCAUUUAGAAAUUUUACAAAAAGAAUGCGAAAAACCAAUGGAAGAACAACAGGCAAAUUCAUAUGAUGCUGUGUGUGCUGACUACUUAGGUAAUCAACGAUUAAAUUCGAGUCAAUUAGCUCAAGAGUAUUCUAGUGAUAAAAUCAAUAAUUAUUCGAUUCAUCAAAGUGGUUAUAAUACUCCACAAGACCGUAGUGAUAAUAGCCCGCCACCACCGACCCAAUCCUCAGGGAGUAAUACAAUGUUGCCCCCAACGAGUAUACCACAGCAACAACAACACACUCCCGGUAGUGGAGGGGGUGGUGGUGGAGGAAAUAGUGGUGGUGGCGGAGGGGCUUCAUCUACGGGCGGACAAAAUCAUAACAGUGCCAAUUUAAAUUAUAUGCAAAUGGCCAUGCGAAAUUCGGCAGUAUUUCAUCAUCCUACUCAACUUAAGGAAGAACCAUCAAAUGCAGGGUAUGGGAAUAUGGGAGGACAAGAUGAUAUUCAACAAAAUUUUUCGGGCCUCUCGCAUCUAGGACACUACGAUGAAAACGAAUAUCAUUCGUUACCAUCGCAAGAUCAUCAGUCACAAUCGUCUUCAUACUUGGAAAACAGUCCGGAUUUCUAUCCGGGAGUGAUAGACAAUAAAUACGGCAGUUAUGGACGAACGAGAUACCAUGACUAUUCCGAUUUCAAUCCUUACGAUGCUCCACCGUUUCAAACAGUACCUGGUAGUACACCUAAUUCGACGGAUCAAUGGGGUGCUCAUCCGGGUCAUAAUCCUGCCGCAGCGUAUAUGACAUCGAUGGGUUUCGAUAAAGCCCUACUCGGUAGUUACCCAACACAGGGCGGUGUGCCGUGUUUUACAGGGUCGGGCCCAAUACAGUUGUGGCAAUUCUUGUUAGAGUUACUUAUGGAUAAGACAUGCCAGAAUUUCAUAUCAUGGACUGGUGAUGGAUGGGAAUUCAAACUGGCUGAUCCAGACGAGGUUGCUCGACGGUGGGGAAUUAGGAAAAAUAAACCAAAAAUGAAUUACGAAAAACUGAGUCGUGGUCUUCGCUAUUAUUACGAUAAGAAUAUUAUUCAUAAAACUGCCGGAAAACGUUAUGUUUAUCGUUUUGUUUGUGAUCUUCAAAAUCUUAUAGGAUAUUCUCCAGAGGAGCUUUGUGCUAAAUACGAUUUAAAAACGGAAAAGAAAGAUGAUGAGUAGGCAACAUAUCACCACCUUCCCAUUAUGUUAGGUUAUAUCUGUAGUAGCUUUCGUACAAAACCAGGAUCGGAACGGACUAGAUUAAUUUUAUUGAAAUUAUUAACUGAAGCUAGUGACAUGCAAUUACGAAAAAGCGAGAGGAAACGGAAAGUGAAACGAAAUCGAAUGUUGAGAAGUGAAACAACGGCAAAGAUAAAUAUGAAUAGAAACCAAAAAUUGCAAAAAAGAUAUGCGAUAAAGUCACAAAGAUAUGAUAAAUUCGUAAAUCGAAAUGUGUUAAAGUAAUCGUAAUGAUAUACAUAUGAUACUUGUAGUUUAGUUCGUAAGUUAGGAAAUUUAUUAAGAAAAAACUGGAAAGUUAAAACAAUAUAAAAAAUAUGUCGUAAACAAGAAUUGAAAAGAAGAUUGAAACUAAAAAUUUUAAAAAUGUAACAAAUUGUUGUCAACGCCUUAGGAAUCGUUUUCUUUCUAAUUUAUUUCAUUUUUAUGUAAAGAACAAAUUAUUUUUGUUUUUUAGUUAUACAUAUAUAAAUAAAUUUAUAAAUAUAUGAAUAUUAUAAAUAUAUAAUUAUAUUUUUUCUAAUUACAUCUUAGUCCUCUUUUUUCGUAUAUUGUUAGUGUUUAAGUUUUUACGCGGAAUAGAAAUUACAAAACAAACUAAGAUAAUAACAUCGUUCAUUUUGUAAAACGACUUUUAAUAUUAUGAAAAUAUUGUUGUUUUUGCUGAAUUUUCUAGGAAUAAAUAAACAAUUAAAAAAGAUGCGCUACUAAGUUAGGGACAUUUAAAACUAAAAUUUCGAUGAAAAUGUGUAACAAUGCUAGAGAAAAACCGAUGAUUCAGUACUUUUUGUCUGGACUUUCUUUUUUUCAAUAUACAUAAUGUGUAUGAGUGCUUCCUUCAGUUACUCAAUAAUUUUUACAAAAUUUGGUUUAAAUUCCGACGAGGAAUCUACAAGAAAGUACGAAUGAAGUAUAUCAAUAUAAUCAAUUUUGAAAAAUUGUACUAUUUUCCAAAAUUUAUAUAUGAAUAAAAUAUCUAUAUGUACAUUAAAAAUGA